AUGAUCAAAGCGAUUUUGGUAAUUAAUAACCAUGGCAAACCUCGCCUACUCAAAUUCUACCAGUAUUACACUGAGGAAAUGCAACAGCAGAUUGUCCGUGAGACGUUUCAGUUGGUAUCGAAACGUGAUGACAACGUUUGCAACUUCUUGGAAGGAGGAACUUUAAUUGAUGGCAAUGAUUACCGACUUAUUUAUCGCCACUAUGCUACGUUGUAUUUUAUAUUCUGCGUCGAUUCAUCUGAAAGUGAACUGGGUAUUUUGGAUUUAAUCCAAGUGUUUGUCGAAACCUUAGACAGAUGCUUUGAAAAUGUGUGCGAAUUGGAUUUGAUCUUCCAUGUUGAUAAAGUUCACCAUAUACUUGGUGAAAUCGUUAUGGGUGGAAUGGUAUUGGAGACGAAUAUGAACGAGAUACUGCUCAGGAUCCAGGAACAGGAAAAAUUGCAGAAGGCAGAGGCUGGAAUAGCUGCUGCUCCGGCAAGGGCCGUUUCGGCUGUGAAAAAACGUAGCAUGUCUCUCCCAUUCAAUUCAGCGUCAACCGGUUACGGUGGAGCGGAAACGCAUGGUUCACCUUUGUCAGAGAGGAACUUUUCACGUGGUUCUCCCAUCACUGUUCCGGGUCGCUUUUCCCAGCCGGACUUACGAUGUUGGGAUCCUGGUGUGCCGUUCUUCCCGGAACUAGGCGCAUUUUCUGAUUUCAUCGAACAAGCGGCGUUCGAAGAACUACAACCCUGCGAAGUGGUCGCUCAAGUUGAGACUGUUAUCCGUUCAGAUCCCAUCCACAUUUCUCUUCAUGACAAUCCCAUCUAUGAUAACAAUGAGAUUCAGUUCCCAGCAGAAUCUCUUCCACCACCAGUGGCAAAAGUUUCUUUGGAACCAGUACAGCAGCUUGUGGAUAAUCAGCAAAUAGUCGAUAGCACUGAGCAGGAUAUUGGUGUAUAUGAAGAAAUAACACAUGCACGAUGUAUAGACUGUGACAAGAUUGUCGAUGCUCGUGAAAAGACUCACACAAAAGCUUGUUGUAAAUUGAAAAAGCUUCAC